UGGCGGACUGUUGAUUUUCAGUUUUAGCCUAUAUUCAUCAUGGUAGGAAGUAAAUUAUAAUGUUUUUGAAGGGUUGUCUACUGUAAUGAGUGAAAAGUCGAGUGGGGUGAAGGGUAAGCCACCAGACAAGAAGGAUGGUGUUGCUUCAGAAAGUAGUCAAGUCUCAACUAAAGAGAAAACAACAGCCAGCAACUCGAACGAAAAUGCAACUUUGGUGGAAACCCAAAAGGUCGCUGAGACUAAAGUUUCAGAAAAGGGGAAAGAGUCGCGUAGAGUUACGGACACAAAAUCAUCGACAAAGGUAAAUGGCAUAAGAAAUGGGGGCAUGGGUGGUACAAGGUCCAAAAGGGACGAAGAACGCCGAUAUUAUCCCCCUCCAAAAUCAUCAGGCAGGGGUCGAUACGAAUCGAAAGCAGGUGGAUACCAUGGUCCUACGUCAGCAUCUUCCCCGAGGUCGGAUUCGAAGCGUUCGGGUGACUCAUCUCGAUAUUUCUCUGAUGAGUCCCGUCUAUCCAAGUACAUCCGUCGUGUGGUAAGAGAAGGUGACAGAGAAAGGCGGCUUACAGCAGCAAAGCAGUUCAAGGAUUACCUGAGGACAGGAGAGGGGUCAAAGGCUGCUUCAAAGAUGGCAGAUGAUAUUUUGGUUGAACUGCAAGAUAUAUUUUAUGAAAGAACAUCUCGGGAGCUUAAGCAGGAGAUUGCUGCCUGUGUUGGCAUUGUUGGAGGGACUAUGGGACAUGAUGCUCAAAGAUAUUUCCAUUGGCUGUUUGAUCAGACAAACAAUGUGAUCGAGGACGAUAUAAAGUCUCUCUUCCUGGACUCACUGCUUGAGGCAUUGAAGUAUGAUGAGAAGAAGCAGUCAACUGGAAAUUUGAUGCCGAUGGUGAUGACCAAUGUCCAGACCCUGUUGGAGAAUGCGGACACUCCAGAGUUACUGAUAUCGGUCAUCAAUGUCAUUCUACACAUAGCCAAACACUACCAGCAUGUGUUUGACUCCCACUUCAGGGACACAGUGGACAUCCUGGUCGGCUGGCACAUAGAUUCGUCACAGAAGGAUACGCUGAUAGAUUUUACAUCUUCAGCUCUAAUUGAUUUCCACACAUUCUGGGUACUGGACUUGUCCUUUUCUGUCACCCUACUGGGACAGUUCCUGGAAGAUAUGGAGGCGUACGCUGAGGACUUGACGUACAGUGGAUCUGAUCGUGCCUAUGAGGAGGACUGUGUGUGUAAAAUCUCCGCCCUCCUUAAAGUGUUUACGACAGUGGUGAAAAGCCUCGGCGACAGCCUACAGCCUGGAAAUAGUAGUCAGAUCACACGCGAGUAUAUCAUAGAGGUCCUGGACAGAAUUGUGAAGAGUGUAGAGACAGUUGUGAAGAACUACUUCUCAGAGUCUGUACUUAUUACAGCAAACAGUUGUGUGUGCCUAUUGGUCCACCAGCUACAGACAGAAGUGAUCCACAGUAGUUGUCUCCUGUCCUUCAUUCUCACUCAGACUGGACGUGUUGGCCUCGUCAGCUACAAGUACAUCCACUCUUUGCUGACCACUACACAGAAGGUGAUAGAAAUGUACGGAACACAGCUGACAGUGACGUUCCUGUCACAGCUCCUUGUACCUGGCUCACUGCUACAACAGUGUCGAUUCUCGCAGAGUGAGGAGGUUGUGGAACAACUGAUGGCUCUGUACCAUGAUGUCAUGGCUCUAAAGAGUGUCCCGUUACUGGAGGAAGCCUACAAGUUUAUCGUUGGUGACCUACAGCGUGCAUACAACUUGUUGUUAUUGGAAGCGGGGGAGAAAGUGAUGGUGGACCUCAUCCCCAACAACCCUUUUGAGGCUACACACUACACUGUUUCCCAUGCACAGACUGUCUGUGUAUUCAACCUGUGUGCUCUGGCUGAGAUUGGCAACACCAAGAAUAACCUUAUAGCUAUGUGGGCACUGUCCCCCAGUAUAUUUGACCUAAUCAGUCGUCAUUUUGACCCCCUUGAGGUGUCAGUGGCCGAGAGGUAUCCUGCCAUACAGUACGCUAUCCUCAACGCUCUCUUCUCUCACUGUACCAGACAUGGAAACUUCAUAUCGAGUAGCAGCUUGUUAACCCAGAACUCAUUCAGGGAAGGCUCGGUACUGGCCAAUGUCAGUCCGACGACUAGUAACAACUUCUCACGAGUUCUUAGGCUACUCACUGGACUCCUAGCCAGCACCAGUACAUCCUACGACAGUCGGUGCCUGUGUCUUAAGUGGAUCAAUGACAUCAUCUCCAGUCUCAACAGUAGCACUCAUAUCUUCUCCAUGGACGAUUUUGUCAUCCUUAUUAGGGUUGUGAUACACCUAGGUCACAAUCAGGAUCUCCAAAUCACCAUGUCGAUCUGUCAGUGUCUACAGAGCAUCUUCAGGAUGAACAACAACCUCCCAUCUUCUAUAAUGCAGAGAAGCGUGAAGCUGAGUGUAUAUAAGCUAACAGACAACAGGGUAGCGGUUAGGGAGGCAUUCUUCAGGCUGCUCAAACUCCUUCCAGUCAAUGUUACUACUAGACUGACCAGUCUACUACACCUAUGCGAUGACAGUGACCAGGCGGUCAGUUUACAGGAGGGUGCCGAGGGGGUCACUGCCGCCUGGCUAGCCAAGGGUUACCACAUGAGUAAGAUCCCCAGCGGGGGUUUCCACUCUCUUAACUUCAGACAUGUGAUGGCCUUCAUCCUCAACAACACCCAACCUGUACAAUCUGGAAGCUGGAAUUGGCUGGAAGCAAUGUUCUACAGCUGCCAGUCAUCAACCCAGGACCCACGUCAUUCCUCCGACACUUUCAAUCUCCGAGACUUUGUUGAUGGUAAUGAAGGUAUGCUGUGGUUCUGGGCCACCUGGGAGGCAGCCCAGUACUGUGUGUUAAAUCGUCUGAGGACGCCACUCGGUAAACCUCAGGACACGUUCACGUCAAUAGAGGGCGUGAUAAAGAAAGUCGCCAUAGACAUGCAGAGCCACCUACAGGAGGAUACCGACAAAUCAAAGGGAGAGCAUAAGAAAGCAGGAGAAAAGAGUGGAGAACUUGGAUGUCACCUUCGAGUCCAGCUCCUCUUGUCGUUUAUGGAACAGUUGGAGAAGUUACUCUACAAUGCCUAUGAGGGAUGUGCGGCUGCUAUGCCAAUGGCGCCCAAAGUCGUUCGAACAUUCUUCCGAACAAACAAAGCUACAUGUCUAGAAUGGUUGUCAAGGAUACGCUCCAACAUUAUCAAGAUAGCACUGCAUGCUGGGAUGCCGGCCAUGGCUGUGAGACAGGCUCACGAGCUGUUGAGAGACAUGAAAGAAAAUAACAACACGCAGACUCCCGAGUUUGAGCAGACACUUGUGUACCUGGUACAGGCCCUUUGUGACCUGAAGCAGGCUGAUGCGGUGAUGGGGCUCUACACCUGGUGUAAAGACAUCACUGGUAAGAAGCUGUCCCUGAUCAAGGCUGCGGUGGAGAAGGCUUCAGGAAGGUAUGAAAAUGCAGCAGUUGAGUACAAGUCUGUCCUGAAGGUCAUGUUGUCAUCCGACGGCUCCGAGGACUUGAGGGCGGACAGUGAGGGCGGUCGGGCCUCUGGUGAGCUGGUGAUGCCUAAGAGAAUCACAGGUAUCCUCAGCAAGCAGACGGCACAGAUGCAGCAGACGCAGCAGCAGCACGACUCCUCCAUACACAUUAACAAACUAAACAUGGCCGUCAAUCAGGUUGUCGACUGUUACCAGCGACUCGGUGACUGGGAGUCUGUACUUGAGUGGCAGGAACGGGUCGUGGAGUAUCGUCAAGACCCAAAUCUGAGUGAUGUACAGGCGGCUUUCAAAACCACUGUUGACAUGAACUACAUCAAGGCGCUAUCGUCAUUUGAACACGAGGACUAUGUAGGUGUGAGAGAGAACUUGGAGCUUGUUCCGGGAGUUUCUGACAUCAGUAAGGCGGACAAGGCCUAUACUCCACAAUUGUGGAGUCAGACCCAGAAACUGGACCAAGUCCACCGCAACUUUAUCCAGGUGGCCUCGCUCAUGAUGGAACAGUCCAGUGUCAAGACUGAUAUGGUGCGCUGUCUCACCCGCGGAGAGAAGCUUGCCGAAAACAUGCUGAGGAUUCAGUCAAUGGAGUGGCCGCUCCUCAUGUCCCAGCAAACACUCACAGAACUGUCAACAAUCGUCACGCUCCGUCAACAGCUCGAGGAAAAGAAAAACAAGACCGUACUGUUGCCCCUGAAUGAGAGUUUGAAGUUAGAGGAGGGAGAACACGAUGUCAGUACUUUUCUACAGACACAGAGGCUGUUACUGUUGCAACAACAGCUGUCCGGCCUGGACUCCCAGAACGGUCUAAAGAACCAGUUGUUCCAGCUAAGACUGUCUACAGCUUCUCUCGCAAGGAAGCAGAGCAACUUUAACCUAGCUGAGGAACUACUUCUUCGCCAGAUAGGUACAAUGACGAAGGAUUCCACAGAGAAUGGCCGAGUGGUCAGUACAGAGGCUCUUCUGCCUGCACUGACCGGACUCCGCUCACCAGAUCGGGCAUCAAGCCAGUUGGAUAUCCUGAAGGUUGAACGGGAGGGUGCAAAGCUUCUACACAGCAUCGGUCAAAACAAAGACAGCAUCAGUGUGUUGAGUAGUAGUGUGGUCGGUUAUAUUUGUAGUGACAUUCAGGUGGACACAAAAGACAAGACCAGCUUAGUUAACUGUAGCGAGCUGUCAGCCCGGUCACUCCUUACAUUGGUCAAGUGGUUACAGAUUGACCACAAGAUGCUGGUCAGUGCAGCCAGCCAGCUGAGACUGUCCGGAGCUACCGAUGACAAAGUGAAGGACAGUAGUGCGUCUCCUCUGGUCCACAACCUAAACUUGUUACUGGAGACGGAGGAACGUGGUGCCAGAAAAAAACUUGGCUUAGUUUUGGAGGACACUGAUCAAGAACUGAGGAUUGGAGACAAUCCGAUCUUGUCUGACAUUGACAGUGUGGUGGGUCGUAUCCUUCACUUGGGAACAAUGGAGUCGGCCACACUUAGUAAGGCCUGGUUCUCCCUGGCCAGCUGGUGUUACAAGUGGGGCAGGAAGGCUGUUGACAAUGCCAGCCAUGGUUCUGUGGAACUUCUUACUGAUGAGAAAGCUGAUGUUCUUUCACUGCUACCAAAGGGAACCAGUAAUGAGGAGACAGCCAAGGUUUUGGGUGUACUCAGUCAGAUACACACACAAGUAUCCAAUGAGGAGGACAUCGGGGAACAAGAUCAGGACCUUUGUGAUGAGGGGACAGAGACAACGAGGAAGCAGCUGUUGUCGUGCUGUCUAUCCCUACAGAUAGCGUCGGACGAGUGUAUAGAGGCACUGCUCAACGUGUGGCGAGGAGUUGUCCACCGUGUCUACCACUACUACCAGCUGUCGGCCAAGGCCUACUUUACUUAUCUACAGCUCAACGGACUGACCGAGAAGAUUCAAAGUGAUGAGGAUGGGAAUGUGAUAGCCACACUACGACUAUUGCGGCUCCUGGUGAAACAUGCUUGGGAACUGAGGAAUGUGCUGGAAAGUGGACUUGCUAGUACUCCCACAGCACCUUGGAAAGGUAUCAUUCCUCAGCUGUUUUCACGGUUGAGUCACCCCGAGUCAUACGUAAGACAGAGCAUCUCUGACCUACUGUGUCGUGUGGCCCAGGACGCGCCCCACCUCAUCGUGUAUCCAGCAGUUGUGGGCAGCUCCUCUACAGACAAGUUCACGAAGGAACAGAACAGAAACAGCUUGUUAAACAACUACCUGGCGGAGCAGCUUGAGGAGGGCGGGGAGGAAGAACAACAGUCCCAGGAGGAGGAGGGGGAGGAAGAGGAUCCCUCCACCACCAUGCUUCAGAACUGUCUAGCUUCCAUUGUCGACACCCUCGCCGUCAACAACCCAAGGAUGAUAGGUGAAGUAAAACAACUCGUACAGGAGCUGCGACGCAUCACUCUACUCUGGGAUGAACUCUGGCUUGGUACACUUAACCAACAACAUCAGGACGUCUCACGGAAACUCAGCCAGCUUGAUGCCGAGGUGAAGAAGGUCAUGGCCAACAGCUCGCUGACCAAAGAUGAGAAAUUGGCCAUCAUAAAGGAAAAGCACAGGACUAUUAUGAAGCCGACACUCUAUACCAUGGAGAAACUACAGGAGAUUACCAGUGAGACUCCGGAGACACCACAUGAGGAGUGGUUCCAUGACACGUAUGGUAAACUCAUCAACGCCGCCAUGGAGAAGCUUCGGAACCCGACCAAUCCUAGUCACCCCAACAGUAGCUGGCAACACUUCAAACAGCUACAUUCAAGUUUGCAACAGAGGGCUCAGAAACGUAGCAGCCUCAUCCUUAGGAUGGAAAAGAUCAGUCCAAAACUGGCCUCUCUGAAAAACACGGUCAUUGCCAUGCCUGGUUUAGGCACGUCAGGAAGGGUGGUUACUAUAGAAUCGGUCUCCAACACUCUGCAGAUCCUUCCUACCAAGACUAAACCGAAGAAACUUGUCUUCAUAGGAUCUGAUGGCAAAAAGUACCCGUACCUGUUCAAAGGUCUAGAGGAUCUCCAUCUUGACGAGAGGAUCAUGCAGUUUCUCAGUAUUGUCAACAACAUGUUUGCCAGUGCUUCAAAUGGUGACCAACAGCUGUAUCGGGCUCGCCACUACUCCGUGACUCCGCUGGGUCCACGCUCCGGACUUAUACAGUGGGUUGAUGGAGCCUCGCCUCUUUUUGGUCUCUACAAGCGCUGGCAACAGAGGGAUGCUCUGGCUCAAGCUGCUAAGUCGAGCAGCGUUAGCAGUUCAACUCAGGCUAAUGCACAACCAAGCAUAGCUCGACCCAGCGACAUCUUCUACAACAAACUCACGCCUGCUCUUAGGGACAAGGGAGUAACCAACCUUGAAAACAGGAAGGAGUGGCCACUAACAGUCCUAAGGACUGUUCUACAGGAACUGAAGGAGGAGACCCCGGGGGAUUUACUCGCACGUGAACUAUGGUGCCACAGUACCGGAUCCAAUGAAUGGUGGCACGUUACCCAAACGUAUGCCCGCUCUACUGCUGUGAUGUCCAUGAUUGGGUACAUCAUCGGACUCGGAGAUCGACAUCUCGACAACGUGUUGGUCGACUUAGCUACUGGCGAGGUGGUUCACAUUGACUACAACGUUUGUUUUGAGAAGGGGAAAGGCUUACGAGUCCCAGAGAAAGUGCCUUUCAGGAUGACUCAAAACAUUGAGAUGGCUCUCGGAGUGACAGGAAUUGAGGGAACAUUCCGAAUUGCUAGCGAGCAUGUCAUGAAGACGAUGAGAAAGGGUCGCGAGACUCUUCUGACCCUGUUAGAGGCCUUCGUAUAUGAUCCUUUAGUGGACUGGACAACAGGUAACGAGGGUGGUUAUACAGGGGCUUUCUACGGUGGAGGAAUAUCCACCCUCGGAAAUGCUGGGGAAGGUCGGCAGACAAAACAUGAGAUGGAAAGGGAGAUAACUACGAGUAUGUUUGCUAUCAGAAUGGCUGAAAUGAAAGCUUCAUGGCAGAAAAACAGAGAUGAGAUGGUAUCGGCCCUUCCAAAGUUACAACAGCAGGUCCAGGGAUGGCUUGGUAUAGCUCAGGCCUACUACACCAAUCUUGGAAACCUACAGAGCAUGAAGGAUUUGAAGGAGUUGCUUAGUGAAGCUCUCACAGAUCUCAGUAGCACACUUUUCUCCCUGAAGGACAGGUAUGAUGAAUACAUGGUGGUAAAGACAACCAGGGACAGCGUUAACGAAGUGAUGAGGGAGAAAAUUGAAGAGUUCACACACUGGCAAGAGCUCCACAAGCAUGUCAUUCAGACAUUACAGAGCCACAGUUUCCAGAAGAUGUGUGCUAAUGUCACAAACCCGCCGGGUCUGGGUGCCCCCAGCUUUGCUGCUGCAACAGAGUUCCUCCAGGGUGCCGGACAGAACCAGAUAGUUUUACAGUGUGAACAGCUGGAGACAGAGAUGACGACCUAUAUGCAGCUACAGAGGUCCAACCUCCACCACGCUAUUGAUGUCCUCCACACCUACGCCACCAUCGUGUCUCAGUUUGGGACAACUUUCUCUGACCAGAACAGGACCUGUCAUUACCUGUGCUGGCUCCAGGAGUUACAGCAUGACUUUGCAAGUGACAGAUGUACAGAGAUUGUGAAUGAGUUCCACAACUUGUAUGGUAACCCAGUAAUACCAGCAACAAAAAUACAGCUGAUCCUCAACACGGAAACCAAACUUCAGGCCAUCAACGCUGACAUCAACGUCCGCAUUGUGAAGCUGAUAGAGAGACGGAGCACGGAGACCUUGGAGACUAGUGUAUUGGAGCUCCAGAUUGAGGAAAAUGCUAAAAAUCUGCAGUGUUUUGUACAAGAAAAUGGAUCAAGUGGAUGCUGUAGUCUUAUGGCAUGGAUCAUUGCCGCCCUGUGUACUCUCAACAAACGUUACAACCAGAUGGAGGGCGCCGCUGCAGGUGCUGGGGACCGUCUGAUGGACCUGACUUCGAGAGAUGGAGAUUGGUUCCUGGAUGAACUGUGUAGUAUGAGCAGCAACAUCAUGCAUUAUAUCGAUAUGCUCAAGAUCAAUACCUGGGUGGGUAGUCUGGAGCACUUUAAAUCUCUCGACCAAGCUUUGAUGUCAACACACAAUGUUUAUAUAGCCCUGCAGGAGCUCAACAUGAACUUCCGUACAAUCAUCCUUCCUGAAGCACUCAAGGCUAUACAAGGUGCCGAGCCUAGCGUGUGCUCUGCCUUGGAGGGAUUGGAGCGAAUGUUUGCCGACGCCAGUCAUCCUUUGGAGACAAUUGUGGCACAGCUCGAAAUCCUACAUAGGAACGCCAUCAUGGGGAUUGAGAAUGACAACAUGGAAAUGAUGACAGCAGUGAAGAGGAUGCGUCUUCAGUACAAUGACCUAUUGGAAGGCCAGGAUGUUGAUUCCAAGGAGCUGAGUCCAGGACAGAUGUUACUGAUGGGCUUUAACGGCCUGUUUACCCGUCUGGAACAUGAGUUCUCCGACCUGAUGGAGGCUAUGGACUAUCUACAAGUCCCGGAUGUCUGGCGAAAGGUUGAUGCCGUCAGGGAGGGUAAAUCCAUGCAGCUCUCCUCCUUCACACGAAGCACCAGAGGGUACCUUUCCGGCCUCUUCUUCAUCCGACGGCUCCAGGCCAUGAGGGAGUUCUUCCACAUGUGUACCCAGUUUGCCGUCAACCUUCAAGGGUUAGAGGGAGGAAACUGUUUUGAUGAUGAACAACUUUCAAAACCAAUCAAGAAGUUCAUCGCCGAGUAUGUGAGGAAACAGGUGAUCGGAUUCCCAUCUCAGAUCCUGGGCUACCUGGUUUGUGUGUUCAUCAACGCCCUAGGUUUGAAUGUCACAGCCGAAAUUGACCUAAAGGAUGUUGGGGCAGAAUCUAAAGUCCCAUUAGAGGACCUGAGGAAAAAAGCUGUGGAUGUGUGUCUCCGUAAUGGUCAGUUCCAGCACCUCCACUUUACUCAGGCCAGUGCACUGACCAAUACAUUGGAUACUUCAUGGAGGAGACAUGACCUUGCCAGGCGUCUGGAUUCCAACAUUGAUGUGAUGAAGGCAAGUCUACAGCGUGCCCAUCUCCAGCUAACUCGCCUACUUUGGCUACACGAGGAUGCUUUCUCCCAGGGCGGUCGUCACGUCAACACUCUCACCAUACCGAACCGUUCCACUGUCAUGUCUGAAAUGAGGAAGUGUAUGCAGUCCUUGGUGGGUCAGGAGAGUGGCUUCAGUUCCUGUCAGGCACGAUACGCCCAGCUGGAAGCUAGCAUCAUACAGAGGCUCAAAUGGGCAGCUGGGGCCAACCCUUCACUCAAUCUCAUUCUCCAGCAGUUUGAGGAGGACAGCACCUACAGGAAACAGCUAUAUGAGGAGGAAAGUAAACAGUGUACAGAGGUUGUCGGUUUGUGUCAGGGAAUACUUCACCUAGAGGCUCUUCGCACCAGAACACCCGAGGCUAUCGCCUCCGACACCAACUUCCUCAGCCUCAUCAAUAGGUGUAACGAGAGUUGUAUAAUAGCGUCGUCCACAGAUAGCACCGUGACAGAGCUGGAAAUCCUUCUGAUGAGUACAAAGCCCCCGAGUGAGGACGAGACAACCAACCACAACUGGCUAAAGGAAUGUCAUGAAGACAUCGCAGAACAGAUCACCCUGCUCAAACAGGAAGUUGACACCUUGAAAAAGGAAAUGGACAUCUCAAAGGAUAACAUCAAGAAAGAAUCACUAUCGAUCCGUGGCAUUCUGAGUACCCACCACAAACUGAUGUCAGAGAUCAGAACCAUACUCAAAUCCAUGGCAAAGCAGGAAGAACAGGACAUGGGUGAUUUGUCUGUGGCUGGCAGUGUGAGAGAAUACUUGUCAGUCUACAAGAACUUCUCUGAGAACUUCAGCACAGCCCUGAAGAUUGUCAUCACCGAGGAUGUGCUCAAAGAAGGGAUGGCUGAGGCUGACUCCAUCAUAGACUCCCUCAUCAGUCAGGUCUCACAGAUUUACGACGACCUUGUGAACUUAGCACCACCCUUGUUAUCCCUGGAGGACAACCAGGAGUCUGCGGACUACAAUUUUGUUUCUGUUGUGAAGAAAUCAGAACUGCGUGACAUGCCGAGUCCAUCAAGAAAGGGUACACAGGCGCAGCGGGACAACAGCAACACCCCUCCCUAUAGCUCCCAGACUGGGGCCCUCGCAAAGAUCACAGGGCCAGUGAGUGUGAAGAAACCAGAGAAGUUGUCAAGAGACCCAAGGACAGGUAAAGCUAUCCAAGAGAGAAACUCGUACGCAGUCAGUGUGUGGAGACGGGUCAAGAUGAAACUGGACGGACGAGACCCUGACAUUAACAAACGGUUGUCUGUUGCUGAACAGGUGGACUAUGUUAUCAAGGAAGCCACCAACAUAGACAACUUGUCCGUGUUGUACGAGGGAUGGACACCUUGGGUGUGAACGACCAAUGGAAGUAUAUUCCAGGCCAAAGUCAAAGUCGCUACAGGCAACGAAUCCUCGCAGACCAUUGGUCCAAUCUCUACAAGCCGUGCAGUCGCAGACUUGCGGUUUAAAAUGAGUGGAGAGGAUGUCUGACAAGGCGAAGAUCAGCUGUACAUCCAUGCGGAUUGUCAAGCGUGACCAUCACAUAGAAAGCUCAACAAAUAUAUGCUCUCGGGCCCUGCCGGAGGGCCCUGUAUACGAGAGCGAGUUUUGCUUUUCCUGUGGAGAUAGCUCCGAUAAAAAAUACCAGUACAGCUAGCAGCACUCAAAUCUGUCACAGAGAGGAGGUAGUCGGUAUGGAAAUUUAGAAAGUGUACGAGAAGGUUAAACAAAGACAGAAAGAAAAGACACACUGGUGACUCGUUUUGCGGUAAGAUAGCCAGAUGAUUUACCAGUAUUACCUUAUAUGGAGAAGUAGGGAAAGUAACUGUGUGAGCAGACGACAGACCAAGAAGAUAAUUGAUGGGAGCAGAUGUCAACGCUUAACUUUUUUUUCUCAGAAAAAAGUUUUGCUGCUUAAAAGAAGAAGCAUGAAACCUUAGAAUAUCCUUGUGUAACUCCGAAAGGUGGUUUUACUGCGUGGACAGUAGAUGUAGUGAAAUUUACCAACAAGAGGCAAAACCUGACACUGGAUUUGGAAGUGCAUAAAUAGAGAGAAAAAAACUAUUGUUGUAAAUAGAGACAAGAAAUUGUCAACCUUGUACCUGUGUUGAAGACAUGGGGUCUCUGAUAAUCCAUUUAGUAUGAAAGUAAGCCAAGCAGAAGUAAACAGUUACGGCAUCGUCAGCUAUGGCUUUGGAUACUUUAUGGUUUGUAGGGAGCUCAUCUACUUAUGUAAUUUUGUAUUGUCAAAUGUAAAAAAAAAGAGUAAUAUUUGGUUUUUGUUUUUCCAACAUUGUUAACAUUUUUUUUUGUAUUUUUUUCCUUCAUCAUUAAAAAUGUGGUAGAUUUAUAGUGCAGAAAUCUAUGUGAACUUUUGCAUGCCACAAAUUAUACCAGUAUUUAUCAUUCAUAUAAGUUUCAUAAAUACAAAAAAAAAAAAAAUACCUGAGUGUAAUAUUUGGUAUUUCCUCUGGUUUUGAAGUGAGAGCUAUUUAAAAUUUCAGUGUUCAUAAAUAUAUGAUGUAAUAUUACCAUUCAUAAUAUGCUUAACUUAUUUCCACCAAACAGUUAUCCACCCUCCAUGAUAAACAAUUGUUUAAAGUCUUGUAAAUUCAAGUUUAUAAAAUCAAGGCUGUUGUCAACAUUUAACAGUAGAGUUGUAUGCUUUGCACCAAGUCAUUCUUUGACAAUAUUUUGAACAUUGUUUUAAGUAUUUUUUUUCCCCAUUGCAAAUUUUAUGCAUUUGUAUGGGACAAAGUGGAGUUAUAUUUAAUAAGUGGUUUAAAAUGUCACUGGGCAUUAACAUUUGAGGUGUUUUUUUGCAAUUCCCUAAUUUUCUGUAAAAGUGAUUGAUUUUAAUAAUAUGUUCAUAUUAUUUCUUAAAUAUACCCAUUACACCUGUUUGAAAUCAUAGAAAUAGUUUGUGAUUGAAUUUUAGAAAAAGUCUUGCUUACAGUUUUGAAUCAAUCAUUCAACAUAUGGAAUAUUUCAAAAGUAAAGUUUUGUACUUAAUCAUAUCAGUGACAAAACUUACCAGCAUUGGAUGCUUACGAUUGUAGUUGCUUCAAGAAGAAAAUUGAAAUAAUGCAAAUCAUUCAUUGGUAGGCUAAAAGAUGAUUUAAAAUGUAGAUUACUCAUUGAGGCUCUGAAGUAGGGAGGGGCUUAAUUGGAGAUCAUUUAAUGGGGAUGCUAAAUCGCAGAUCAUCCAUUCACAACACUAAAAUAUGGCUAUACUAAAUUGUAGAUCACCCUUCACAACACUAAAAUAUGGCUAUACUAAAUUGUCGAUCACCCUUCUCAACAUGAGAAUGUGGCUAUACUGAAUCGCAGAAUGCCCUUCACAACACUAAAAUAUGGCUAUACUGAAUCGCAGAUCACCACUGGAGCUCUAAAAUAUCUGCUAAAAUAGAGACGAUGGGGUCAUCAUAGUGUCCGGUGCUAAAACUCACUAUAAGACUAUGAAUUUGGCUGAUAUGUGCCUUUGCUAUGUAAGUAUGACCAUGUGAAAAAAACAGACCACGUCAUGGAAAGGUAAAAUGCUGGGCUGCUGCGAUGUUAAUCGUAAAACAGGCCAGCAUUUUAUGGCGAUGUGCUUUUGAUUGUAAAACAGGCCAGGAUUUUAUGGCGAUGUGCUUUUGAUUGUAAAACAGGCCAGCAUUUUAUGGCGACGUGCUUUAUAUAACGGUAACAAUAUUCAAAACUAAUGUUUUAAAGCUGAAAUAUUUUGUUCUAGCAUAAUUUGGUCUAUCAUCCAUUUCCAUACUUUCAGAAUUCGGGCACAGGUUUACCUUAAUGAUAAGUAAUGGGGAAAAAAGUCACACUUUUCAUACACCACAACAUAUUAUGACCAGAAGUGUUUAUUUAGUUUUGUACUCUUGUAUUGAAGUUUGGAUAGCUUUGAUUAAACCCUACUCAAAUGUAUUCACUUUUUUCAGUUAAGCAUUUCAGAGUAAAGUUAUUUGCAAAUUAUUCAUUUACACCAUUUUACACUUUGAUAUAAUUGCAUUAGCUAAAAUAUCAUGUUUAAUACAUUGCUGAUUGGCUAAGGUGUUAGAUCAAUGCUGACUUGAUCUAAUAUCUUGCCUUACAAAAUAAUCAACAUGUUUGAUUCAAGUUCCCAUGUUGUGUCAACAUCAGUAUAGGGUCUUAAGUGGCAAACUUAUUUUAUCUGUUGCCUUUUGACUCCUGUGCAUCAAAAUUUCUUUUUCUUUUUAAAUGAGUAAUAUUGUCAGUAUUUUUGAAAUUUUAUUACAUGAGUUUUAUGACUUGUUCAGAACUGUAAUAAUAAUCCAUUUUAAAGUUAGAUCUUUAAAGUAGGAGGUAUUCUUUGAUAUUUUAUUAGCUGCAGUAUUAUCGCAGACUACUUCGACUUACUAGUUAUGUUGUACAAUCUCCUUAGCACUGAUUCCUAAUUCUAAUCACACAAGUAAGUAUAUCCUGUAUUUCGUAAAACCUACAUAUGGAGUGAAAUUUAAAUUCAAGAUCAGGGGCCUGUCGUUUAUGCAGACAAACCGGUUCAUCAGUUUUUAAUGUAAUAUUUCGAACAUAUAUCUUGACGGGCCUACAAAUGUUAAUACAGGCCUUGGGAGUCUUUGUCAAGGCUCAUCUGAAAACAAUAUAAAAUCGUCAGGUCCGUCUUUAUUUCAUAACGAACAACACCAGCCAAACUGGACCAUCCGUUUGGACCGCAAAAACGAAAACGGCCUGUGUCAUCAAAUGAAGUGUACACAAAAUAUUUGUUGACUAUUGAAUUUGUAAUGAAAACAGACUUUAUAGUGAAAACUUUAAGGAAAAACAAGGGAAUAUUUUUGGAACAGCUGAACUUCAGUCCUUUUUGCCUCCAUAUGGACAUAUUUAUGUUAGAUAUUGGGUCACAGUGCUUAAAACCAUACAACUGGAUACACAGUGUAUCUGCAAGAAGGUAGAAUCAAUUUUACCUAAAAAGUGAAGGCAUUUGACUAGUAAAAUUUUAUAGCGUACAGUAGUUAUACUUACUGAUGUACACGUUUUGGUAUUGCAGGAUUAUUUUGUUUUGUCAAGAAUUUGUGAUAAACUUAACACACUUAAGUGAAGUCACAAAAUUUGCUAUUAAAAUGUUUUUGUUAAUCUCUCUGAAUAAAUUUGUAAUCAGUGUAUUCGUGCAACAGUACUGUUAUCAGAUAUUUUAAUUUUAUGUUCAAAGCUUGAAGUAUUUAAUAUAAAAUCACUUUUAUGUAGUCUAACAGAACUUUAGUCAUCGUUAAGUGUUUUAUUAAUUUCUUAAUAUUAACCAGAAAAAACUUUUAAAGUAUUUAAACCCCAAAAAUCAUACAUGUGUGUUGUAUUCAUGGUACUUAAACUAAAAUUUCUCUUCAGUAUAACGUUUUGAAAUACUAAAUGUGUUUGGCACUCACAGUGAAAGAAACUGUUUCACUAACUUGAUGCCAACUUAUUUCAAAUGUGUUAUCUCCAGAUAUUGCAUCAGAGACUUGUAUAAUGGGAAAAUUUGAAUUCAAAGGGAAGUCAUUAAUGAAAGUGGUAAUUAGGAAAAAAAGAUGGAGGGAGGGUAUGUAAUUAUUCAAUUUCAGAAUUGAUGAAUGUUGGUUACAGUAAAAGGUCAAGCAGAAAUGAGAACAUGGUCAACAACUACAAACAUUGUAGAAAAAGUUGACAGGCCACUUUCAUUUACGGUGGUCCAAACAGUUUGACCAAUUGAGCCAGAGUUGUUUAUGAAAAAGCUGGUAUCUUAUUCUGAUAUCUGGAGAGCAUUAACAAAGAAUUUCAAGAACCUGCAUUAACACCUUCAGGUCAAGUUUUAUGCCUGAAAUGGCACAUUUAUAUAUUGAGUCCAUCCCCAGUAGACAUUAGAUUUACCUAAAAUGUUAAAAUGUACCCUUUAGAAUUCAGUGACAUUGUUUAUUUUGAAUGAGAAUAGUUUCAUCAUAUGCUCAAUAGAAAGGGAAGAUAACUCCCUUGGACGAUCAUGUACAGGUUACCAGGUGGAGAUUUAUGAGAAUAAAGUCAUGUCGAAAGACUGGGUUAUAGGAAAAAGUAAAUAUAGUGUAUAUGGAAGAGCAUGCCAGAAGACAGGAGGGGAGAUAACUCCAAAGGCCUAGACAUAACUAAAGAUUUCUAUUGGUUACUAUACUAUGAACUAUUGCCACCUUCAUUUGAUGUUUAUUGUCUAACAAUUAAGUCUGAAGAUAUACUAUUGGUCAUGCUUCAUGUGACAGAAUCACUGCAUAUUAUUGCAAUUUGAUGUAAAUAGCUUUGAUUUUUUUUUCUUCGUUCCUCUGUGUUUUGUGUAAUUCAAGUAAAAAAAUAAAGCAACUAUGCUUAAAAACCAA